CAGUGCUUAUUAUUGGUUGUCAUGGCGGCGUUUUAAUAAAAAAAAACUAAGAUUAGAUUGCUAGCUAGCUGUCGAAGUGUAUCCCGUACAAAUAGUCCCCGAGCCACAUAUUUUCAAUUUAUUUACAUGAUAAUAAUCGAAGCAUAAUGUUGCAUGGCUAGAUACGUACUGAAACGUUAGACUAAGGUUGGCAAAAUGGAUCAAAGCUAACCGUUAGCCUAACUUUAGCUAGCUAUCUAGGCAGCUAGCCAGGGUUACAGCUGAUGUAGAUAUACCGGUUGCUAGCUAGCGAGCGGAUUUAGGAACAGCUAUGGCUGCAAACUUUCUGAAGGAGUCUCCGAUGACCUUAGGACAAUCGAAAAGCUGGGUCACAUUAGGCACAAAUCGUAGCUCUCGACUUUCUCAGAAUCAGUUACUUUUCAAUGCAGCCAUGCCUGCCAACGCCUAUAACCGUGCUACCCAAGUUGGCCCACCUGCACCCAUUGUGAUUGAGAAGCUGAUGCCCUGGGUAGAGAAGCGGGAUGACCUGGAUAGCACCUGCAGCUCUCUGUGUUUCUCUGCUCUGUCUGAGGAGCGUCUGCUGGCUGCAGUCAGGCUGGCCAAGAGAGAUCUGAAGAAGAGACGACAGGAGUCAUUGAACAGAUCCCCCAUCAGACCACAGCCAGAGGAGACCACUCCCAUCAAGAACAAUGUGGAGCAGCAGGAUGGGGUUGUUCCUAAGGGGAGGUCCAAGACCGCCGGCCCCAAAGAAGAUGUGAUUCAGUCUGGAGCCAAGGUGCUUGUUUACACCCCCCAGAAGUAUGUCUCCAUACCCCCUGGGCCUGAUCAUGGCCGGUCCCCCCCAACCAAAGACCCAGGCCCAAGGCAAACAGCCAGCAAGGAGCCCCACACAGCCCUCAGCCAGGAGGUCCGCAGGCUGCAGAGAGAGCUGGCCAACUUCAUCCAGAGAAUAGAUCAGCUGGCUAACAGAGGGCGAAUGGUUGUAGAGCCCUUGGAGCCUGAUGAGCAGCGCAGGGUGGUGGUCCGCAGACAGGAACAGGCAGCCCGCUCUGCACGCAUCAUCUAUGUGCUACAACAACAGGUGAAAGAGAUCCAAGAGGAUUUAGACAAAUUACGCUCCCAGAAGAUUCAGCACACAAACAAAUCCAGAGCGAUGGACAGGUUGGCUGCUGCCCACAGAGGGGCGGUCAGGGCCAUGCAGGUGUUCACUAAUCAGCUGUCUGACACGUCUGAGGGCAGGAUGCCCUCCUAUUAUAAAGAGCUGGGCCAGCUGAUCCGCCAGCUGUCUCUGUGCUCGGCCAAGGUGGAGGUGGGCCAGGGAUCAGCCGUCCCAGAGACUGCCCUGGACAUCCUGCUGAAACUAGAGACCCUGGAUACUGCUCUAAGCAAACAGGAGAGUCACGCACAGAGGAGGCAGGCCCGAGUACGCAGCUCCUCCCCUGCACGCCACCGCAGGUCUCCACAUCGCAGCACGUCUCCUCCCCGUCCACCCAGGGGCCCUGCCACCAGGGGUCUCAGAGGACCUCGUAGAGCAGCAGGCCCCAAGAAGUCCUUCCCUGCAGAUAGGAGAGCGGUCCCUCGGCAUCAGCAGCCCCCCGGAUCCACAGAGCCUCCUCCACACCUGCAUCGCAGCCAGAUGCUCAGCGCUGGCCUGGAGAGUUUGGUCCAUCUCAGAGAAUUCAGGGAAGGAGGGGAGCAGGUCCCCAACAGUCAAGGAGGACCACUGCACCCCGACAGGACAAAGCAGGGAGCCCAUGUGAGGGAUGCAGGUUUCCAGCAGCCCACAGUGUCUUCCAGGCUGAGAGUGUGUCAGCAGCCACAGAAGGAGGCCUCUGUGCCCUGGAUACCCACGUCUCCUCACUCUCCUAAACAACAACAACAACAGCGCUCCCCUCAGAAGAGGCCAGAGCCUCGAUGUCUCUUCUCCCCCCUGAAGCCCUCCUCAGGACCCUCAGAGCAGCAACUAGUUGGUGUGGUGACAGCAGAGCAGGACCAGGGUCUGACCUCUGAUAGACAGAGACAAGCCCACAACGAAGCCAUCAGGCAGGCCUGGCUGGACAGGAUGACCAUGCAGAGACUGAGGGACCUAAAUCAGCUGAGUAAAGAUGAAGCAGAACGCAUCCAGAGACUCCGGUCUGAGGUGGGCUCUCCAACCCAGUGGGCUGAGAGAGCUGAGCAGGAGGCCCGAGGGAGACUUCAGCCUCUGUUGAACCAAGCCCUGCAGAUGGGAGCUGCUGCCUCUCAGACCCGGGACAGAAAGGCCACAUCGCCACUAAGGCAUCAACUGUCUGAACAGGCUGCAGACAGAGCUGCGGAGAGCGCUGAGGUGCUGAGUGAGGCCCUGCUAGAGGAGCUGCUGGCCGAUGCAGCGCGGGCCGCCUGGGAGGUGGAGACAGACAGACGGACGGAGGGUUUGGCCCAGCUCCAGCUCCAAGCCCCCACCCUGGAGAGCAUGCUGCUACGCAUGGAGGAGAUGGAGAAAGACCAGGAAGCUGUGAGGAGGCGUUUUGCUACCCUCACAUACUCAGACCCUUACUACUGGAACAGAAGGGACACUACUGGGCCCCAGAGGUCUGUUCCAAUCUCCAGGCCAGUCUCUCCUCAGCCCGUGAGGAUCACCAGGCCAGCCCUGAGACACACCACCACAGCUGACAUUGUCCUGGAGAGCCCUGUGGAGACCGGCCACAGUGCCCUGUUUGAGGGCAGCAAUAGGGAGGUGGUCUCCCCAGGUCAACCUGGCGGCAGCAGCACCUUCCCAGUCCCAGGGGAGAGGUGGGGAGACGGUACGCGACUCUCUGUGCCAGCCAGCAUGCAGAGGAAUAUCCAGCAAUACAGACAGGACCACGAGGCCUACCUCCGCCUGGUAGCCCACGAGGCUGUGGGCAGCUUCAACCCCUGGGCCAUUGCAGACAGUCUGUCAGAGGAGCUUCUGUCCGAGGCCCUGGCUGACGUAGCAGCAGAGUUCCAGGACGUCUGUGAGGAGUACGCAGAGGCUGUCUUCACCUCCGAGUUCCUUCAGCCAAUCACGUCACCUCCUGCUUCAGUUCCACCGUUAGACAUCCAAUAGAUCCUCUUCCUAUUCACAGACAUUGGGCGAGAUAGUUAGGUGUACUGCGUAGAUGGAUAUUUCAAUUCAGGACCAACAGAAUAGUCAAAGUGCAAAUUCCGCAGUCAGGAAAACAUCCUGACUGCAUUGAUGUGACAGCAUUCAGAAUAGAAUGGAACUAAAGCAAUGCAGAUUAUUCCUAUUUGGCAGGUUCCUUUCUGUAGUUCUUCCAGAGGGAUGGGUGAAUUCCACUGGGAAAGUUGGUUUUGAUAAAUUAAGAGAAUAUUACUACAUUACAGGGGAUUAGAAGAUUGUCUCCCCUCUUUCCAUAAAUAAACCUCUCCCAGAGGAUUACUCACGCUUUCCGUUUCCACAUUGAAACAUGGAAGUAAAUUAAUUGUUUGGGGGAAUUAACAAUAGGGGGUAAGCAAGCCAAGGGCGCGAUUCAUUGGUUAAUAGGAAAUCCGGAUAGCAUAUUGCACUCAUUGAAAUUCUGUGCUUCACUUCCCAUGGCAUGCACCAAAUACUCUGUUAGCCAAAUGACAAAUGUUUAAUUCAAUGACAGUACAUAUAUCAUCAGUGCAUGUUGGAUGAGCAGCCUGAGCGGAUAUUCUCAGGCUGCGGAGAGAAACUUGAAAGCAGCUGUGAAGGAGGAGAGAGACGCAUCCAGAUGUUGAGUUGGCCCCUAGAGGAGCUGACUGUGACAGGGGACAGAGAGUGACUGAGUGAAUUAGCUCACUCUGAAUCAGACACAAUACUCUCCGCCAACUGUGUUUUGUGUGGGUGCCUGAAUACAUACAGGCUUAUGCACGUACACAUGUCUCGCUCUCACAGUUCUGUUUCUUCCCAAAGCUCUACACAAAUUGGACUCUAGGAGCCAUUUCAGCAUUAUAAUAGGAGUGAAUUGAAUUGCAAAAUUCUUGAAAUUGAAAAAUAUGUUGUUUGUCUGUGAGAGUCAGGAUGGCUGAUUUCUAAUUAUUUUUCAUUGUCAUUGUGCUAAAUUCUGUUUGUUGAGACCUAGGUUUUGAAUGUAUCACCUCCCGCCCCAAACAGCCAACACAGACUCAUCACAGAAAUGUAUUUUCAACACAAUUAACAAACAGAACAACAAGAUCUGUUUAUGAUCUAUUCUGAUCUGUGAACACAGAACACAGAACAUAAUGAAAUUGGUUUUGUUUGCUUUGAUGCAUUUUAUUUUUGAUGUUUUAUGGCACAUUCAUGGCAGACUGUUUUAUACUGGUGCCCAAAGUUUAUUUUCAAAUGACUUUUUUCUGGUACAACAUUUUAAAGUUAGCUUUUUUUUGUCAAAAUUAGGUAUCGGGUGAUUCACUUGAUAACUUUAAUGAUGUUAGUAUUAAAACAUAUGUUUAAAAUGAGAUGCGUCUUGCUUUAUCGAUUUGAACUACAGCCACCCAGAUACAGGACUGUUCUAAUGGUGAAAAUGGCCUGUCCCUACAUUAUGUUAGCCAGCAUAAUUAUCCUUGUCAAAGACAGAAUUCAUGUGACCAUGAAUAUUGACUAGUCAUAAUAUGAAUUAUGUGGAACACACAGGGACUCAUUUUGAGGCAAUGAUGUCCAUUCAGGCUGGAUAGAAUCAUUUUAGGUUUCCCUCAGGGACAGUUCAGCUGAUGGCUGGCACUUUUCACGAUUCUUUGAAAAUUGGAUAUAAUCUUUAGCCAAGUGAGAUCAUUUUUCUCUCUAAGUAUCCAUAUGGACAUAUUUACCUAUUUACAGAACCAGUGACAUUUUCUUACUCUGAACAACUACUGAAGAGAUUGUAGUAGUUGGAUCCAGCUGCUCCAGUUGAGAAAUUGAUCAGCACAGUAUGUGCCCUCCCUGGGCUGUGUUCUCCCUGACGUCAUCAUAUAGUCUGACCUAUAAAAUCUCUGCAUCAGCAACGAGAGAGAAAUAACCUUGUUUCCCCCUCAAUACAAGGCUGUGGCUAAUCUUAAAGCAGUGGCAGUCAGAGCUAGCUAUCAAAUAUGAAACCCUUAUCCUUGCUUUGUCAUAAGGCAUGGUUAGAAUUUGAAGACAUAUUGAAAGCUAAGUCUGUGUGGAUGGUUAAAAGGCUAAAUUAAUUUAUUUCAAGACUUGAGGUGCAACGUUCAUUGUUGUUAAUAGACAAUCUGCACAUCUCUUGGCUUCUUUUCUGCUAGAACCCACUGACCUUCACUCUGGAACAGCCCCAUGGGACAAAUCCAGUAGUGUAGAAAGACAAUUGGUUCUGAGUGAUGAGAUCUGGUGCUUUGAGUUUCACUCCCUUUUGCCCUCAGAACAGCCUCAAUUCGUCAGGGCAUGGACUCUUCAAGGUGUCAAGCUUUCCACAGGGAUGCUGGACCAUGUUGCCUCCAAUGCUUCCCACAGUUGUGCCAUGUUGGCUGGAUGUUCUUUGGGUGGCGGACCAUUCUUGAUACACACGGGAAACUGUAAAGUGUGAAAAACCCAAAGGCCUUUUCAUCCUUGAUGGAAACCAUCAAGCAUAAUGUGAUAAACAUCCAUCCCCCACCAGGCUUUGCCUUCCUACUGAUUCUCUGUCUGUUUGCUUUUUGUUUGUUUACUUUGGAAAAAUAUUGUGUGCUUGUUUUCAAAAUGCUUAAUGUGGUUGAUAAAGAAUUUAAACCGUGUAUUUAUAUUUGUUUUUGAAUAAACUGUUUUUUAUGAACAACC